AUGGAGAGGGUAACAUACGCUCGAACGGGGGCGCUUAGAUCAACAUACGCCGGUUUGCCCGUUACCAAAGAGCGUUUAGUCACCGCUGCACCUGCAAAAUGGUUUCCACUACUCACAACGGUACCGCAACGAGUACUUAAAAGCAUCUCUGAUAGUGAUGGAGUUGACGGAAGCCUUCUUGGAUUUUUACCAAUAGCUUUUGUUUUUGAAGAGCUUCGAAAACACCUCUCAGAUUUUACCCAACAUGCGGCAUUUCUGCGUGCCGUGCUUCAGUGGUACCAUCAGACUGCGGGGGAUACUUUGGAAAGUGAGAUUGCCACUGAUAAGGUGGAAAUAUUCCAACCGUACCUUCCCGCAUAUCGUCUUCGCGUACUAAAGGAAGGUGAAACAGUCGCGACAUUCAACGACAUUUCGCGCCGUGCCGUGACGCUGAUGGGGAAGGACCGCGGAAUUAACGACAUCCCGUUAGAUCACCCGAGUUGUUCCGCACAGCACGCUGCCCUAGAGGUAAAUUUUGUUCACAGAAACUCUGAACCGUUUCAGCAGCGUUUACAUACUUUGAUGCAAGAGGAAUAUCGGAACAUAAAUUGGAGUUCACCGGAUGAGGUUGGAAAGUUAUGCGCACAUGCCCUUCAACUGAUGCGGGAGUUUGGGGGUGAUGAGGAUAUGUGGUUAAUGGAACUGCAAGUGGUUGACCUCGGUUCAACCAAUGGCACAAAUCUCAACGGGGAGUUGUUGCGACCAUUAGAGCGGGCGACGGUUAUUGAGGGGGACGUACUAACUUUUGGGUACUCAACAAGGAAGUACUUGAUUGUCCGAGCUUAA